AUGCAGAGUUUGGUCAAAAUUAAGGUUGGGAAGAUAAAAGGGGGAUCUGUUCCUGUAGAAGAUGAAAAACCAACCAGUUUUGACCAUGGAAAGAAAUUCGAAUUAAAGAGUGGUGUUAUCGCAGAUUUGUUCAUGUGGCGGUGGUCAGAAGUAGCUGAUGAAUGUGAGCAGUUUUUGUCCAAAAAAGGAUUUGAUGGUGUCCAAAUCUCUCCUCCUGCAGAACAUGUUGAUUCAGAUAGGCUCUGGGAUAGUUACCGAGUAGUCUCGUAUCAGCUGGUCAGCCGUUUGGGAAGCGAGAACCAGCUGAGAGAUAUGGUUAAAAGAUGCAACAAUGUUGGUGUUAGAGUGUUUGUCAAUGUUGUAUUCAACCAUAUGACCGAGACAGAUGUUAAGGGAAGUCGUGUAGGUGUGGGAGGUUCACCUUUUUACCCUGAAGACAAAUAUUAUCCAGAUGUACCGUACACGAAGGAAGACUUCUAUCCACCGUGUGAAAAAAUCGACCCAACUGAUGCAAAACAGAUACGAGAGUGUCAAGGAGAUGGUCUGAAUGACUUGAUCCAUUCUCGUGAAUCAGUAAGGGAGAAGAUAGUGCAUCAUUUAAACCACUUGCUAGAGAUCGGGGUAGCUGGAUUUAGGAUACAUUUCGCCCUUCUGAUGUAUCCUGAAGAUUUGUCUGUGAUCUAUCAGCGACUGAAUCAUUUGAACACUGAACACGGAUUCCCUGCAGAAACUAGACCUCUGAUAUACCAGGAUGUUUUUCUUUUAGAUGAUGCCGGGCCAAUAAAGUAUGAGGAGUACACCCCCCUAGGGUUAGUCCUAGACUUUAAGUUUGGCCGUCAGUUGGGGACGUUUUUCCUAGGCAUAAAGGAUCUAAAAGAUCUUCAGAACUUUGGCUCAGAGGGAAGUAUCCUGCCAAAACAUCAAAGUGUUGUACUUGUUGAAAAUAGUAACACGGAACGUUUGCCAGAACUAAACUUUCUAAACUACAACAAAGCAAAACAAUACAAGAUGGCAGUGAUUUUCAUGUUGGCUCAUGGAGAUUACACUUGCAAGAUAUUUUCAAGUUUCAAGUUCUCAGGUAAAUUACAAGGCCCUCCUCAACAGCCAACUCGUCCUGUCGAUAAAAAUACCUGUUCCAACGGUUGGGUGUGUCAACAUCGAUGGCGUCAGAUUUACAACGCGGUGGAAUUCCACAACGUUGUCAAAGGUACGCCAGUGACAAAUUGGUGGAGCAAUGGGAAAAAUCAAAUUGCUUUUUGUAGAGGGAACAAAGGAUUUGUGGCUUUCAACUUGGACUCCGUCGAAUUAAACUCACGUCUCCAGACUUGUUUGCCAGAGGGAGAAUAUUGUGAUAUAAUAUCUGGAGAAGUUACAACUGCAGGUUGUUCUGGAAAAAUAAUAACAGUUGAUAAAGACGGAAUAGCAAACGUAGUUGUACCAAAGCUCGACCCUGGACGUCCUGAUGAGGAUGGCGUUGUGGCGAUCCACAUUCAAUCUGGAACUGUGUAUGGAGUUGGGAAUCUGAGGAAAUUUGAGAUGUAG